AUGGCAGACGAACACAAGGCGCCUGUGCAGCUGCCGAGGGUGGCCAUCACAUUCUGUACGCAGUGCAAAUGGAUGCUCAGAGCAGCCUAUUUUGGACAAGAACUCCUGUCCACCUUCGGAACAAGCAUUGGGGAGGUGGCAUUGAUACCAACGACUGGAGGACUAUUCCAAGUCAAUUUGACCUACAAGCCUGUGACUUCUGAAUCGGAAGGUGAAGUCCAAGCCAGCGAGGUUUUGAUAUGGGACCGUAAGACGGAAGGUGGCUUCCCAGAGACCAAGAUUCUGAAGCAAAAGAUCCGCAACUUCAUUGAACCACAGAAGAAUCUUGGCCAUUCAGAUACACCAUCAGCGAAGAAGAAGUCGGAUCACACUUCAACACAGGAAAAGGCCACGAAUGGAGUAAACACUGGAGAAGCUGCACACGAAUGCCUGGACUGCAAAUGA